UGUAGUUCUACUUGUCCCCUGUACUUGCCGAAUAUAAACAGUUUUGAACUACAUGUGGUGAACGGGGUAACGCAGUCGCAGAUGAUGGGUCGAAAAAGCGCAUGCGAUUCCUAAACGAUUCCAGGACCCCACCGUUGUCGUCGACUGAACCGCGAGGAUAUUCUGUUACCCCGGGAAGACGUGGAAUUUCAAAAUGGCAGAGCGGGCCAAUAACUUUCCACCCCUGCCCGAGUUUGUAAAAAUAAAGCCAUGUUUUUACCAGAACAUUGAAGAGGAAAUACCUGCACCCCACCAGCUGCUGGUACGCAGAGUCUACAUUCUCUGGAUGAUGUAUUCGGGAACACUGUGUGUAAAUUUAAUCGGAUGUAUUGCUUGGUGGGCCGGGGGUGGAGGUGCCACAAACUUUGGCUUUUCCCUGCUCUGGCUCGUCCUCUUCUGCCCCUGUAGUUACACCUGCUGGUUUAGACCACUCUACAAAGCUUUCAGGGCUGACAGCUCGUUCAACUUCAUGGCCUUCUUCUUCAUCUUCUUCUUUCAGUGUGUCUUGGCCCUCAUCCAGGCUAUCGGCAUCCCUGGUUGGGGAACAUGCGGCUGGAUUGCAACAGUGACGUUUUUCAGCCAAAAUGUGGGCUCUGCUGUAGUGAUGCUUAUCACAACUCUGCUCUUCACUCUGGUGACUGCUUUAAUGGCACUGGUUCUCAUUAAGGUGCACAGAAUGUACCGUGGUGGUGGCGGUAGUAUGCAGCGAGCUCAGGAAGAGUGGAGCACCGGGAUGUGGAAGAGUGCCACGGUGAGGGAAGCGGGGCUUAACGCCGUCGCUCAGACUGCCCAAGGCCCAAGUUUGCCACAGUACCCUACGGCGGUGCCCAGCUAUCCCGACAACAGUCACUGGUGAUGGCUAAGAAUCGCCUCUAGGGGGAGACAGAUAACUGGCAGUUUAACCAAUGUUCAA